AUGGAAGACUACAAUCACGUAUUCAAAGUAGUGCUUGUUGGCAAUACAACGGUUGGGAAAACUAGUUUAGUACAGAAAUUCACUCAGAAUAUAUUUAGUAUUGAUCAGCAAGCAACUAUUGGUGUCGAUUUUUGGCUUAAAACUUUGAAAGUGGAUAACGAUCUUAUCAAGUUACAUAUAUGGGAUACUGCGGGUCAAGAACGUUUCCGAUCUAUCACUCGAAGCUACUAUAGAAAUGCACACGCCAUCGUCUUUGUUUACGAUCUGACUAGUCCGCGUUCAUUUCAAUGUAUUCCGGAAUGGAUAGCAGACGUAGAAUCUUUGAGUAAUGAGGAGUCUCUCAAAGUACUGGUAGCUUCAAUGAGCUUUAUAGUCAGUGUGCUUGCAGCCAAUAAACUGGACAAAAUCUGUGACCGCCAAGUUCCAAUGCGGGUCGGACGAGGGUUUUCAGCCGUGAAUGGAUUUGAAUGCUUCGUGGAAACUUCUGCACUUGACUCAACAAACGUCAAUUUUCUUUUCGAGUACGUUGCUCGAAGGCUGAGAGACCACAUGAAGACGAUAAUGCGUAGGUUCGCAGUGUUGUACAGUAUUCGCUGA